UCUGUUUCAAUUCUUGCGGAAGAGAUGGUGUUCUUGAGCUGGGGCCGUCCAUCUUCCGAGCAACAGCAACAAGUAAUCAACAAAACAGGAACGUUCAAUUAUGACAACAAGUACAGAGGGGCUUCGUCUAGAUCAAUAGCUACGCUAAAAGAGGAUUCAGAAGUCGAUAAAGAUGGAUUCUUGAUCAAUCACUCUCGGGUUUUAGUCGGUUCUGGUAAAAAUAGCUACGAGAAGGGGAAAAAAGCUCUCCAGAAUUGGAAGCAUUUUGGUAUGGAUUGGGCAUUCGUUGAUCCCAAAACUCCUGUUGAAACCGGCAAGAAGUUCUGCAUUUGUGUGAAAGAAGUGCUUCCAUGGGUGAUGCUUCCUCUGCAAGUGGUUUAUGUCGACGAAAGCCGGAAAUCUAGAAAAGGUCCUGCGCAUUUCGGCUACGGGAGCGGCACUCUUGAGGGACAUUUACUAGCCGGAGAAGAACGGUUUUCGAUAGAGCUCGACGGAGAUGGUAAAGUAUGGUAUGAGAUCAAAUCGUUGUCAAAGCCGGCUCAUUUCUUGUCCUUCUUCGGAUACCCUUAUGUGAAGCUAAGGCAGAAACACUUUGCUCAUCAUUCUUCUGAUGCUGUCCUCAAACAUCUCAACGAUUCAUCAUGA